AUGGACAAUCUAUACGAUUAUUGUACGGAACAGUAUUGGCGUGAUUUUCCCGGCCAUCGGACAAUACCAGUGGACAAAUCCAUACAAAUCCGUAGUCCGUAUAUAUUUAGUUUCAAUAAUGCCGUCCAAAAUCAGACCAACCGUUUUGUACACUAUUGUCGUAUACGGCUUAUCGUUGGCGACGGUAAACGUAUCUACGCUGUCGGCACAUCCAGCGGUAUUUCAACAAAUGGUAACAAAAAAUGGAUAACAGAGUCCAUACAUAUGUCGCCAACUAAACCAAAAUUGUUAACAAAAUUGCGGAUCAAAGAGGACUUUGAGUCGACAACGGAUAACAAUGCACUGGAACUGGUAUUUGAAGGACUGGAUCGCCAGGAGUUCCGUUUUCAACUGGUGGUCACACCGUUUCGCCAAUUAGGCAAUGAAACAAAAUGCGAACGACAUGUAGAGUACAAGUGCCGAAACAACCGGUGCGUCGACGCCUAUCUGGUCUGCGACUAUCGUAACAAUUGCGGCGACGAUAGCGACGAAUGGCAUCACUGUUUGGCCAAAUUGCCGACCACUGGACGACCGCCAACACGUCUACCAACACCAGUGCUAACACCGCCGCCAGUCUAUUGGUGGCCAACAUUAUCAUCGACAACACCAUCACCACAGCUGACUAAUACAACUACCGGUGCUAUCGAUGAUAGCCUGAAUAAUACCCUAAACUACUAUCUGUUUCACUCGAAACUGGAUCUGCGGACAGUUGUCUACUAUAUAUUAUUCAAUAAAUCUAAUUAA